GUUUCGAGAUAAAUUGAGCUUUCAAGGAGACCGCUUCUACGAUUGCCGUAUAUGUGAAUGGGUUUGCAGUGCUUCUCAACUGAGACAAUAGGAGCAGUCAACCAUUCGAGGAAUCUUUCGUCUACCAACGUCAUAAGAAAUCGAAGUUUUAUUUAUUGGUUUAUGUGUAAUUGUGUUCGAAUAUUAUCGCUGUGAUAUCUCACUUUUCUGAUUUAUAUAUAUAUGAUAAGGAAUAUGGAGCAAGAGCAAGAUGGGAAGAUUGAGUUUUAAUGAUAUUGAUAAGAGUAAAUUUAUCAGUCAGGUAUAUAAGGUAGAAGGCAGAUACGUUUGCCUAAGUAUCGAAAAGACAGUAUACUCAUUAACUAGUGUUAUACUCAAAGUGUGUCUCUAUUUAUCAAAAAUGAAAGUUAUUUUCGCUAUUACCAUUUUGGUUUACAUCGCUGUCGUUUUUACGGAGCCAAUAAUUGAACCCGAGUGUCCAGAUGAGGACGGUCCAAAUGCUACUCUGCUUAAGGAUCCAUAUCACUGCGACUCAUACUAUGUUUGCGUCGAAGGCGAACCGAUUUUAAUGAAGUGUCCACCUGGUCUACAUUUUCAUGAUGCAUUGAAGACCUGUGAUUAUCCAAGGAAAGCAAAAUGCAAGCCACUACCUUUACCUUCUUCUUAAAUAAUUAUCAUUGAUCUCACGUAUACGAUUUAAUGCGAUCGAUUUAGAUAUAUGUCGUUCUUUACACAAUUUUAA